GGAACUGGCCUUCGUGUUCGUGACACGGAAUCUCGGGACCCCGCGGACAUCGGAUUCAAGAGGCUCACGAGAGAGAUCUUCGAGGAGCACGGGCCACGGCGAGGACGACCCUUUUUCCGCGUGCAAACGCCCUCGUGGGAUCACUGGAGGAUAACCGGGUGGGAAGGGAGAGCGGGUUUCGGAAAGAGUCGCAGCAGAAUGAGUGUCGAGGACGCCAUCAAUUACUCGCCCAGCGAGGAGGAGGACUAUUACGCUCUGUUGUCCUGCGACGAAUCUUCCACGGUCGAGCAGAUUACAGCGGAAUAUAAGGUAUUAGCUCUUCAGUAUCAUCCGGAUAAAAACGAAGGUGACAAGGAGGCCGAAAAGAAAUUUCAACAACUACAGUACGCAAAAGAGGUUCUAUGCGAUCCCGAAAAGAGAAGCAACUACGACAAAUGGCGGAAUAGUGGUAUCAAGAUCAGUUACAAACAAUGGCUCGGCAUGAAGGAGCAUGUACAGCAGACCAUGCAUUGGAGCACGCCGAAGACAAAGGACAGAAUGUUGCCAGAUACGACUGAAGAGGCAGGUGGUUCACCGGCUCACCUCAAAGGUCAUCCUACAAACGCACACAGGAGGGCUUCGGAGGGUGGUGCUGGUCUGUACUACCGUUCGGGCCAUGGGGUCCCGUUCUAUCAGGAAUCCAACGAGGUCGUCAGUAAGUUUCGCAAUUAUGAGAUUUAAAAGGUCCCCCAACGUAAUUCUCAUCGGAACCGACUCCAUUGUACCGGAUGCCCUUACGACAACAGGACAAACAUGUUGCAUUAGACAAAUAUCUACCUGUAUAUGAGUGUACAGGACGUUGGUCGGAUCGCGUUGGCAUGUACGUACUUCAUAAGAUGAGUUGAAAGAGAGAGAGAGAGAGACACAUGAGUUUCAUCGGUCAUCAUCGAGCAAUUCGUUAUGUUUCUAUCUCGUUUACGUGUGAUUUUCAAGAGAUUUUUGUCGCUGUUCACCUUAUGUGAAGCUGCGCACAUGACGGUCUUAUCAUUAAUGGUGUAGAACGUUCAUCGAAACGAUCGAAUAAUCGUAGAUGUUUUCAAAGACUUCACGAAAAUGAUAAACGUUUGCGUUUACGGUUUUCUAUCUUGGACAGGUUCUCCGCGGAUUAUUUUUUUCGUCGCUUUCAGAACGCGCGCGCCAACUCGAUCCAACAAAUCGCCCUGGUACACGUGUACGUGCUCGCAGUCGCGCGUACGUAUCGCCUUCAGAUUUAUAUUUUGUUAUACUAUACUAAGCACGACGAGAGGAAAGGGUAGAAGAACGUGGGAGGAGGACGUUUGGUAUUAUCAUUUAAACUCCCUUUCUGAGGUCCCUCCCGAUUAAAAACGUCCGACUGUCCGGUCGCGAAUACAUUAUAAGUCGAGUCUCUCUCGAUCGCGCAUUUCUGUGUGUGUGUCUCUUGAUCUUACGAGAUGUUUAGCGGCAGAAGUUAAACGAUGUAGUGUCAAGGACAGUCUAGUUUUAUCUGUGAUCCCGCGAAUGCAUUUUCCGCUAGUGAUUAAUUGGUCGUUUCAAUCGUAAAUAUACUGGAAGGAAAUACUCAAGUGUCUGCUAAAGGGAAACCUUUCCUUUUGUGAAUCCAUUCCACUCACGAGAAACGGAAUUUCGUCGUUACGAUUAUCAGCACUUCGAGUAUUAAUCGAUUUUCGUCGUCCAAAGUCAGAUAACUGACCGUGACUUUUGAUGUGUAACUUUCGUCUUUGUGUGGAGAUAUUGAUUUUAAACGUCCUGUAUUUCUAAACUGCGGUUGCAAAAUUGGACGACGGAAUUGCAAAAUGGAUUGAACUGAAGUCAACCGGACCACAAAUGUUGCAAACGUCGAUCUUGCUAGAUACGAUGUUUUAAAUGAAGAGAACGUAACUAAAUAUAUAGCUCUCUAUCAAAAUGUAAAAUAAAGAGUAUAUAAAAGUAGUAGAAUAGUUUAUAUGAAAUUGUUAUAUCUCUCUAAAGUAUAUAAUGUCUAUAUUAUUAUAUAUUUUGUCGAGUAAAUGUUGCUACUGGUUCCGUAACUAUUCUAUAGGCAUUGACGUUUCCAACAUUUGUCUCCGGGGACCCCUUUGUUCUCUCCUCUUUUCUAUUCGAUCGACCAUCAUCGCUGCAAAAUUAAUUCAGGGAUUCAAUUCCACGAAACGCUGGGGUUAAAGCUUUUGUGGGAUAAAGCUUAAGUAUUUCUUUCCGUAAAUGGAACAGAUCGACGAUGGCGCACUUGUACCUGUGUCCGAUGCCAAAUGCAAGAUACGUCAUUCUCCUCCGACGACAAUUGCGACGGCUCUUCUCCGUUACGUUAAGUGACGUCACGCGCGUGCGGAUUAUCCAAGUUUUACUUCUUUUAUAGAAGAGAGUUGAAAACCGGCGGCGGUCAUUUCGGCGAACUCAUUUUUCGACGCUGUAAGAACACAAAAGGAUCAUUUGCAAAGAGCAAAAAAAGAAUGUUGUUACUAUUACGGGUUCGCAGCAUCGAGACGUGAACUCGUCUGAAAUUAUUUGAACCGCGUGCUAAAAGAAAUGAUAAAGCUCUCGGUGGAUUCUCGCAGCAUUGCGCAUCGCACUUUUACAUUCCGACGGAUUUGCGUCCUCUCUUCACGUUCGACGCAGCUGUCGAGACAAUUCGUCGUCGGUGAAUUGCGUUUGGCAUAUAAUUGAGAAUGCCUAUUUAUAACCGAUAAUUAAUAAUAACUUAGUGACAGUUUAAUCCUGGAUGUGUCGAUGUGUAUAAUCUUAUGAUAAGCGUUCUCUCGCGGGGAGCUCGUCCCUCGUUUACAUACAUUAAUGAUGACGUCGUUCAUGCCUUCCAAUUUAGGUGUUUUCCUAGUCGAACGCGUUGUAUCUAGAUAUCCACAUAUCAGGGCUACGUGUUUGAUAGCUCGGGAUCAUUAAAUUUGAGACACGUGUGAAAGAUGAGACACAAAGUUAAACAUAAAUGCGACGUUAAGUCAACCGAUAAAAGUACAGCUUGGCGGGAGUGUCUAAAUAUAAUGUGUUCGAUCUGGAAACGAUUAAAUGGAACUGCAAGCAUUGAUGACGUCUUGCCUGAAUUGAAUCGAUCUUCAACCUCACGAAAAUAAAAUGUGAUCUCCCGCACCCUUUAUCGAAUUUCAAAACAUAUCACCGGUAGGUCCAUUUCGCCUUCCUGUUUUAUUUUCGAGUUUCGACGAAGAGAGGUACAUUAUUCAUGCAGCGUGAGAUAGGAGGAUAUAAGCGGGGUAAUAAUUGAAGUCGUUGGGUAAAACGAGAGCCAAUCUUGGCACCUACACAGACGCAAUAAAAAUGGCUAAUAAACGGCUAGUAAAUGCCAAUGAAGAGAGAGAGAGAGAGAGAGAGAGAGAGAGAGAGAGAGAGAGAGAGAGAGAGGCAAGAUCAAUAUUACCAACUCCGGUGAGUCCAAUGACAUUUUUCUGCCUUAAUUUUAGACUAUCAGGUUAAUUCUUUUUUUGUAUAAAGGAUAGAUUCUUUUGACGGGAAAGAAUAUAUACGUCGCUUUGAUGAUAUAAUUAAACACUUUUUCUUCUGUAUAAAUCUUCUCCCUGGUUGAGUGAAAUAACGCAGUGAUUUCUCGAUGAUAAAUUUAAGCUAUCGAAAAGUCAUUUAUACCUGCUCCAGGGGUUUCAAUUUCCCUAAACGUUACGAAGAAUCCUCCGACGUUGACUGCAAUCAUCCGUUUUUUUAAUGUCACGAAUACUCGGAGCCAAUAAGGAAUCAAGUCGUCGUUUGUUUAUAUCGUCGAAUGCACAGUGUCGAGUCGCUUGUCAUUCCAAUUGAACGCUUCCUAAAAAGGAUAUUUUCAGAAUUGACCCGUAGGAAAAGAAACACACAAUGGCGAAAAAGAGAAAACGAAUAAAAAUAACGUGAGUUACCAUGAGAAAAGAAAAUGUGGUACAAGAAAUGUGAAAUUGUCCAACUUACAUAUGCGACGGACAUUUUUCGAAACGACGGGUCGCCGCGGGGUCGAAAAGCCCUUUCUCUCUUUUUUUUUUUUUUACUAUCGCUCCCAUUCUUUUCUCGCCUUCUUAGAUUCUUUGUUGAGAGACCCGAAGAAAAUAUCUUGCUGCUCGACUUGGCUCCCUAUCGGGUCUGUGCAAGCUCGACGUUAGUGCGCGGUCAAUCGAAUUAGUCGAACAUGUAUAAGCGUCCGCUCACGCUUCGUGGGAUUCGCCGCGCGAUCGAUCCUCUAGACGUAUAUACGAGACGGCGGAUGCACAGCUACACUUAAAGGCAUAUCUGCGACAAGUGAAUCGCGCCUGAUUAUGCUGCAAACCGACGACGCGGUAGCACGAUCUAUCGUGGGUCUGAAUUCAAAUAUAGGUCGAUUGUUACCGAUGUCUUCGUUUUCGCAAGUUUGACCAUCCCGCAAAAGGAUUCUGCGUUAUAGUUUGGACCUAUAUUUUUUUUUUAAUACCUAUAUACUGUUUCUACUGAAAUAUAUGAAUUUAAUAGUCUGUCGGAAACGUGCUUGUAAUGGUUGACGAUGUAACAGAAAUAUCUACCAUGUGGACUUUUAAUAUUUCCAACCUUUCGCAUUUUUUUACACAGAUUGAAUGGUGUUUUUCAGGAGAUUUUCUCUCGCGAUGAAAUUGAGAUUGAGGCUUUAUUUGGAUAAAACUGGGUAAAAGUCAGGCGAGAAAGGCGCAAAAAGUUUUAAUCUCGCCGGGACAAAGUUUAGAUUAGGUGAAACGGCACCGGCCAAGGGCGUUCAUAAAAUUCCUCCAGUCUACUUUGACUUAUUUCCGAAGCUCCGAAGAAUGUAGCAACUAAGUCAGUAAGAGUAAGAUAAAUGAGGAAUUAAAAAAAAAAAAAAAGAAAUUGUAGAGAUGGAAUACUAUGCCUUCACUUGGCUGGUAAUAUCUUUCUGCGUAUAUGUUAGAGGAAAGUAGGAAGUAUUACUAUUUAUUGGAAAAGUAGCAUAAUUUCGCGCGUACGUGCGUAUGGAAGAGAACUAAUAUCCGAGUCUGAAAUCUGACUCGUUAUUCUCUCGUUUAUUAAGCGAACAAGAUUAAUUAUGAACUACGUUAGAACCAAAUUGAAUUAACGUUGAUGCGAACGGAUGAAGAGAUCGUUAUUAUCUGAUUCUAGAGAUUGUUUAAUAUUAUUUCAUGAGGAAGCGUUAUCAGACGGAAAGAUUGCGGGGAUCUUUUGCCCGUGAGAGUGUUUUCUAAUACAAAACGAAUUUCUAAGACAAGAGAAUAGUGCGGCCGAUUGUGCCCGUUGCUGUCGAAAGUCUAUUGGACCAUCCUGUACAUGUAUCUAUAUCUAUAUUUUUCUAGACGGGCCCGUGAAUUUUUUGGCCUGUGAGACACGUUGUUUACAUGACUAUAUCAUACAUACCUAUUUGUCGUUUACGAUUGACCUGUCGCAAGCGCCUGAGGGAAAGGUCGAAGUCUGUUCAAACGCCUAUCAGUACGGUGCUCACGAUCGAAGAGAAUCCGAUACGUACCUUUUACGUUACUACACGUGCGUUUACGAUACCGUCAUUGGAGAGAGACGGAACUUGCGCGUUCCCUUAAAAGGAUAAUAAGAGGGAAAGCUUAUCCCUUCCCCCCUUCUUUAGAAGAUUUUGCCUGAUCAAUUGAAGCCUUGAAUUACAAACCAUGCCAAUUCCAAUAAACAGAUAAUUAAGUAUACCACCGAGCACAUUUUUAUCUAAGUGCAUUUAGGUGACAGAAUUUUUUAUAUAUUAUUAUAUUAAAGAAUACCAAACCUCCGUGUUCUAUGUUGUAUAAAAUGAAUUUAUGAAAGCAAUGUCUGGAUAUUCUAAAUCCUUCAAUAUUAUUUAUUAUAAUUUUUUGAAACCAUUCUGAAAUAUUUAUGAUUUUUUAAGCAUAAUUUAGAAUUAAAAAUUUCUAAUCAAAUCACAUCUUUUUAAAACAAAAUAUAAAUUAGAUAUGUAUCUUUUUUUAAAGAUUUUGAUACUUUUUGAACAAUUGUUUAAAUUACAAUUCCAAGCAUAUCGUAUAUAUCAUGUUAUUAAAAAUUUCCUUGCUUUUGUAAAUGUCAGGUUAUUAGUGCCGCUUAUUAAUAGCCUUUUUUAACUCAUUAUAUAACGUUAAUUAUGUUAUACAACGUUUGUGCAGGGAAAUCAAUAGCUGUCUUUCGCUUCAAUGUCUACAGCUAAUGGUUAUAGUUACCAAAUGCUUUGAACAAAUAAUUACAAAAACAUAAGAUAUAAAUUGGAGUUUAUAUUAACAAAAUAAACAGCGAAUCUUUUUCUUUCUAUGUAUCGAUAAAUUGUCGAUAUGAAAUUGAUCUCACACUGAGAUAUUCAAUUAAUGUUACUAAAUCUUUUAACUGUUAUAUAAUAAUUUUAUGUUGAUUAUUGAUUAAAAAUUAGCAGUUAUAAAUUAGUAAUGUAUUUUUAUUUACAUAUUAAUCGACUGGUAUAUAAUUGCGUGAUGGCUACUAUAAUAAUUAUACAAAUACAUAUAUGCAGAUACGGAAGUUGGAGUACAAAUUAUUAACUGAGAAAAAAUUUGAAUUUGUUAAAAUAAUUAUUAUUUUAAAGAAAUAUGAUACUUUUAAUAUAUUCUUAAAACAUGAAAUAGUUUAGUCAAUCAUGUUAAAUAUCACAACCUGUGCAACUUACUGAUUGGUGAACAGUAUUUUCGACUGUCCUUACGAGUUGUGCGAAUUUUUUGAGUGCGUGACAGAGUGUGGAUGAAAUUAUAGAUUGUGUGUAAAUGUCUAAUAUGCAGUUAAAUGCGUAAUCAAAUACAUAUGUUGUAUAUUCGUCUCGCGCUGGUCGACGCGGCGAUGUAUUACUCGUAUCAGUAAAAAAAUCAAUAAAUAAAUGUGUUUAAUUAUGAAAUAUA